GUGGAAAAAAGACCACAUUAUGGAAGGGUGUUUGCGGAAGUAAUGUCAUAAGAGGUGGCAGUUGACUCUUAAAGUCCAUACAAACAGCCCACACAUUACAGCUGUCAAAGACCGGCAUGACAUACACAGUCUGAGUUCCUUGUAGGGGGAGCUUAUACAAACUUUACCAUGGACCACACUGAUUUCACUCUUGAUUACAUGUCUGUUGACUAUUCAAACUACACGGAAGAUAACCAGACGUACAUGGAUGAGUCUCACAGUGUACACCACAUUUGCUCUGGAGAGAUUCUGUGCAUGUUGCUGCUGGUUGUGAAUGUGAUCAUCAUCAUGCUGGGGGUUGUGGGAAAUGGUGUGGUGAUCUGGAUCGCAGGUUUUAAGAUGAAGAAGACUGUCAACACCACCUGGUACCUCAGCCUGGCCAUUUCUGACUUCAUAUUUUGUGCCACCUUGCCCUUCAACACCUUUUACAUAGCCACAUCUGACUGGACCUUCGGACUUUUCAUGUGCAGGUUCACCUCCUUUGUGAUGUUCCUCAACAUGUUCAGUAGCAUCUUUCUUCUCGUCAUCAUCAGUGUGGAUCGCUGUAUGGCUGUCAUGUUCCCUGUUUGGGCACAGAACCAGCGUACCAUAAGGAAGGCUUCACUGAUAGUCCUUCUUGCAUGGGUUUUAUCAGUCUCCUUGAGUAUCCCUUCCACCAUUUUCCGUGAUGUUCAGCACCAUCUAGGCAGAACCCGGUGCCACAAUAAUUACAUUAGCCAGCACACCCACGAAUCUAUAGCCAUCUGCCGGUUUAUUUUUGGGUUUCUGAUACCAUUCCUGGUCAUCAUUGUCUGCUACUCAGUCAUUAUCUUCAAGCUGAGAAGGAACCAGAUGGCAAAGUCCACAAAGCCAUUCAAAAUCAUGACAGCUCUCAUUGGGACUUUCUUUCUCUGCUGGCUGCCAUACCACACCUUUGUGCUGGUUGAACUGAACCAGAGCCUCCCCAAUGACAUCAUCGCCUUUGGGCUCAAGAUUGGAACCUCAGUCGCUUCAGCUAACAGCUUCCUCAACCCAAUUCUCUAUGUCUUCAUGGGCAAUGAUUUCAGGCAGAAGUUUAAGAACUCCAUCCUGUCUAAGAUUGAAAAUGCAAUAGGAGAGGAAGGACGCACCAUGAGCCGCUACUUAUCCCGUUCCAGUUCUAUGGACGCCAGAGCAUCGACUCACAUCUGAUUUGGCCUGGAACUAUAAAACCAAUAGAAAAUCAGGUCCUGAUUCAUUUGUACAUAAUGUAUUUCAACAGGUCAAGUUCCAGCAGGAAAUAUACUAUUUGAAUAAUCCUUUGGUCUCAAUGUGAUUCAAUUAAAUUACAUUUUAAUUGUACAGCACUUUUAACAAUAUAUAUUGUCACAAAGCAGCUUUACAGAAAUCCAGAUGUAGAUUUUGAUCCCUAAUGGACAAGCAAGAGGGGCUCCUCUGGGUGACUCACAACGGAUAAAGGGAUUAUGAAGUGUAGCUAUUUGGAUUUGCACAAGUAUUAUGAUGCAAAGUACUGGAAGUCAGUUUACUGAGCCGUCAAAAAUUGGUUCAUUGAAAGUAUGCAUUAGAAUGUUUAAGAAAAUGGACAAAAAGACCUGCUAUCAGGAAAAGAGAAAGCACUUGCCUUCUUUUGAUAGAUUUUAGGACAUGUUAGGGUAAGAACUAUAUGCAGUAUAUAAUUAAAUAUGAAGCACUUUCUCUUGCUCUAGUAUGUAUUUUGAGGAGUAUGUGUGAGGAUAUAAUAACCUGUUAAUCCUGCUAACCAAUUCAAUUUCAAAAUCAAUUUCAUUUGUACUGCAUCCUUUUUUUUAAUUGUCCAAUGGUCAGUGUAUCAUCUUACUGGUAUGUUCUUAGUUGUGUCAAUGGCAAAAUGUAAUAAAAACAUAGGUCA